AUGACCAAGUUGCAGGCCAAGUCGCUGCAGCAAGAGGACGACGACGACGACGAAGAAGUCCCCCUUCUGCCGCCGUCAAAGGGCCUCACCUCGAGAGCGGCGCAGGGUCUUCUUGACGAGCACGGGCGCAACGAACUUCCUCAUAAGAAGACACCUGGUUGGCUCAUCUUUGCGCGCUGUCUGUGGGGGCCGAUGCCUAUCGCCAUUUGGAUUGCCGUCGUUAUUGAAUUCUCCCUCCGGAACUUCCCCGACGGUGGUAUACUCCUCUUCAUUCAGUUCGCCAACGCUACCAUUGGCUGGUACGAGACCACUAAAGCUGGUGACGCGGUAGCAGCGCUGCGCAACUCGCUGAAGCCACUCGCAACAGUGAUGCGCGACGGGAUGUGGCAGAAUAUCGAUGCGGCGGUCUUGGUGCCGGGCGACCUUGUGAAGCUCGCUGCCGGCUCUGCGGUGCCAGCCGACUGCACGAUCAACGAGGGCACCAUCGACGUGGACGAGGCUGCGCUGACGGGCGAGUCGCUGCCGGUGACGAUGGGACAGGAGCAGAUGCCGAAGAUGGGCUCCACGGUGGUUCGCGGCGAGGUGGAUGGCACCGUUCAGUUCACGGGACAGAAGACAUUCUUUGGUAAGACGGCGCUACUUCUGCAGUCCGUCGAGGCGGAUCUAGGCAACAUCCACUACGUGCUGAUGCGUGUGAUGUUCGUGCUGACGUCGCUUUCCCUCGUUCUGUGCGUCAUCUGCUUCGGUUACCUCAUGGGCCACUACAAGCUGAAAUUCCGCGAUGCUCUGGAGUUCACUGUUGUGCUGCUUGUCGUGUCGAUUCCAAUUGCUAUCGAAAUUGUUGUCACCACGACGCUCGCGCUGGGCUCCAGGGAGCUGUCAAAAAAGAAAGUGAUCGUCACACGUCUUUCUUCGAUUGAGAUGAUGGCGGCCGUCAACAUGCUCUGCUCCGACAAGACCGGAACACUGACACUGAACAAGAUGGAAAUACAACAGCAGUGUCACGUUUUCAGCAAGGAAUACAACCGUGAGAGUGUCCUUGUGCUCGCUGCUCUCGCUGCCAAGUGGCGUGAGCCUCCACGUGAUGCGCUUGACACGAUGGUGCUGAGUGUCGCCGACCUCGACGAGUGCGACAAGUACACGCAACUCGAGUUCGUCCCGUUUGACCCCCGAAUUAAGCGCACGGAGGCGACCCUCCGCGGACCCGACGGCCUCGUCUUUAAAGUAACAAAAGGUGCACCAAACGUUGUGCUGCAGCUGGUGCGCAACCGCGAUGCGAUCAAAGCACAGGUGGAGGGUAUCAUUGAGGACUUGAGCCGCCGCGGCAUCCGAUGCCUCACCGUCGCGCGCACCAAGGAGGACCAGCAGUGGCAUAUGGCUGGCAUACUGAGAUUUCUUGACCCGCCGCGCCCCGACACGAAGGAGACGGUCCACCGCAGUAAAGCGUACGGUGUCGACGUGAAGAUGAUCACCGGCGACCACCAACUCAUCGCCAAGGAAAUGGCCCGCAUGCUAGACAUGGACACGAACAUUUUGACGGCGGAGGGGCUGCCAAAGUUCCCGGCGAGUGGCGACCCAAAGGACAUCCCAAGAACACUCGGUGACACACACGGUGAUAUGAUGUUGGCCUGCGGCGGCUUCGCUCACGUGUACCCGGAACACAAGUACCUCAUCGUUGAGACGCUGCGGCAGCGCGGUUACACUGUUGCGAUGACAGGAGAUGGCGUCAAUGACGCGCCUGCCCUGAAGCGGUCGGAUGUUGGCGUUGCUGUUGACGGGGCCACGGACGCGGCACGUGCUGCAUCCGACAUGGUGCUGACGGAGCCAGGAUUGAGUGUUGUUGUGGACGCAAUGCUCAUUGCUCGUGGGGUCUUCCAGCGCAUGCUAUCGUUCCUCACUUAUCGUAUCUCUGCAACCCUGCAACUGGUGUUCUUCUUCUUCAUUGGCGUCUUUGCACUCCCUUGUGAGGACUACGGUAUUGAGGACCCAAAUUUCCGCUUCUUCCGCAUUCCGGUGCUGAUGUUUAUGCUUAUUACACUGCUUAACGAUGGCACACUGAUGGCUAUUGGCUAUGACAGGGUUGUACCAGAGCAGCGCCCUCAGCGGUGGAACCUCCCGGUGAUGUUCACCAUGGCCACUGUCCUUGCUGGGGUGGCGUGUAUGUCGUCAUUGCUGCUGCUGUGGAUGGCACUGGACUCGCAUGGCGAGGAUUCAUGGUUCUACAGUCUUGGUAUUCCUGCUGUCUCAGAAGGACAAAUCGUGACGAUGCUGUAUCUGAAGGCCUCCAUAUCUGACUUCCUCACACUCUUCUCCUCCCGUACUGGCCCCGACUGGUUCUGGGCUUUCUGUCCCAGCUUCAUCCUGCUGGCUGGGGCUUUCGUUUCACUAGCGAUAUCCUCAUGCGUUGCUGCCUUCUGGCCCGACAGGAAGAUGGACAAUAUUGCCACUAUUGGACUGUCGCACGGCGACAGCAUGGCGCAUCGUCUGCUGCCGCUCUGGGUGUGGGUUUGGUGUAUCGGCUGGUGGUUUGUGCAGGACAUCGUGAAGGUGCUGACGUACAAGUUCCUUGAGGUGUUUGACAUCUUCGGCUACCGGACAUUCUCGGAGGGCAAAUGGAAGCCAUCCGGGAAGGAGUCAUUCCGUCGUCGCUCUCGUGGUAUGAGUUUGGGUGCCACCGACAACGUUGAGCAGCCACUUCUUUCAUAA